CCUGCGCGACAACGAAACUUCUAUUUAUUAUCGUACUCAAAGAAGCAAUUGUGUUUACAUACAAGUUUUAUAAUGCUUAUUAUAUGUUUACGUUGCAUAUUUCAUUGUCGAAAAUAAAAUAGCAUCGUAACAAUUUUUUGUACACAAAUGACAUAAGUAUGCGUUAAAAAAUAUACUUUUGCGUAGUUCCAAUUGGAGCAAAAUUUGUCGGUACUUGGCUGACGGUACUGGUUUAAUAGAUUCUUCAAGAGAUUUUUGUAAAGGAAAAUGUUUAAAAGCAACAAAAAAUCGGAAAAUGCUGAAAUAUGCGUUUCUACUAUGAUGUGUGAUUAUUGCUCCUGGAUCAGGGAGAUUUUGGUCAGAGUUAGUGCCGAGACGCGGACUAGAAAGAAGAAGAAAAAGCGGGUAGAGCCGGUUGUUGUUGUUCAUGGAGGUGCCGGAAGAAUUCCCCUAUAUGCACGGAAAUUUAUGCUCAACGAGGUGAAGAAUGCCGCAAUAAUGGCGUAUCGUGACCUAAUUAAAGGAUGUUGUUCGCUGGACGCGGUCGAGCGUGCGAUUUGUCACAUGGAAAGCAAGAAGUAUUUCAAUUGUGCGUACGGAGGAUCCUUGGACGCCAACGGGGAAGUCGUGAUGGACGCUGCAAUAAUGACGAACGAUCUUCGCGCGGGUUGUGUGGGUGCCGUUCGUAAUAUAGCACAUCCUAUUACAUUAGCCAAAAUGGUCCUACAACAAACGGAACACGUGUUGAUGAUAGUCGAAGCUGGGGCGCAAAAAUUCGCCUUGGAAUCGGGCAUUCCUACUUUGUCACCCGGCCAGCUAAUCGUUACAUCCGACUCGAAGACAUCGUUGCAUGAAGAAGAAAAUAAUGGUAAAGGAUAAAUGGGUAUAACGAGUUAUUUUAAAAAGAUACUAAUCGCGAUACUGAUAAACGUAAGAAGCGCAAGAUUCGAGAAAGACGCAAGAGCUUCUACAAGAUGGGGACAAACCAUCUGGUAAAAAGGAAUGCAUACCUGAAUGUGUGAUUGAAAGACACGGAUUUAAGGAAGAAGGCGCUGUCGAUGAGGUUGCCGGAUUAGACGAGUCUUUGGAAAUCGAACCUGAUUUUAUACAGGUUGAUGAAUUCGUCGUGAUAAUAAAUUAAUAUAUAUGUGAAAUAUUCAA